AUGGAGCUGCACUCAGUCGGACUUCACCGGACGAGACUGUACCGGACGCAAGAAAGUUGCCAUGUCCAAUCUGCGGCCCUGUGCGCCCAGGAGAGGGACCGUGGGAGUCCAGGCACCCUAGUCGCGGGCGAUUUGCGCGAAGUGCAUCGCGACGACUUUUGGGAACUGCAUCGUAGACUUGGAGAGUGCUAUGAAGCAGAUAUGAUAAGCGUGAGCCGCAGCGCUGCCAGGGUGCCUGCAACGCCUGCAACGCCUGCAACGCCUGCAUCACCACGACAGGGGACGCGACGAGACUCUUUCGAGGCAUUCCUGGAACACCGCAAGCAGCGUGUGAUGAGCGGUCAUCGCGUGCUGAGUGGUUCUUUGCUGAAGCGGACAAACCAAGAAUCCGACGGUCACAAAAGCGGGAGGAGUUCUUCCAUAGAGGAGACACCGAGCGGUGGCCUCGGGGCGUCCGGGGCGCAAGACGCGCAGAUCGCACCAGCGCCACCGAAGUCAGCACCAUCUCAAUUGUGCCAUAGAACUCUAUCCGCAGAAUCCUCGCAUACAGCGCCUGUUUCCAAAGAUCUUUGUUCAAACUUGGAGGACCUGCAGCCUCGAAGUGCAUGGCUACCAGUGGAGGAAAAGGCGGUGACGAAAAUGAUGCACAAGGCUGCAUCCAUGCUGAGCCUUUCCGCGACUAUCUCAACAGUGGAGAACACCAACGAUUUGCCCGAAACCUCUCAGCCUUCAUGUUAUCUCCUUCAUCCUUCAGGUCGUGGACGCACCAUCUGGAAUCUUCUGACCGUGCUAGCUCUGGUAUGGGAUAUCAUUGCAAUUCCGAUGGAAUUCUUUGACCUUCCCAACAUGGUUCUGCUCUCUGUGGCUGAGUGGGUCACCAUCUUUUUUUGGAGCGUGGACAUCGCGUUUUCAUUCAUCACCGGCAUCUACAGGAAAGGAGUUCUGGUCAUGGAACCCAAGGUGGUUGCUAUGGCGUAUUUGCGAAGCUGGUUCUCCAUGGAUCUUCUCCUGGUGAGCUUUGACUGGUUGGCCAUGGCGACGGCCAAUCAACAAGCAGAUCAGAUGGACGAAGAUGCCUACAGAGUGGUUUGGGCACUCCGUUUGCUUCGCUUGUUUCGGAUCGUUCGUUUAGGCAAGAUGAGCAGGACUGCUAUGAAUAUGAAGGAGGCCAUGCAUAGCUGGGCCACAUCUGUUCAGUACAGCAUCUUUAUGAAUAUCUUCCUGCUGAUGCUGAUGCUUCAUAUGAUCUCCUGUGGAUGGUGGGCAUUUGGUCACACUUGGGGCAAUGCAGAUGGCUGGUCGGUGAAGUAUGAAAUCGAGGGGAUCUCUCUCUUGUACAGCUACACAACAUGUUUGCAUUGGGCCAUUAGCCAGUUGGGCGUAAGCUCCUCCGACAUCGAGGCCACAAAUUCCACUGAACGAAUCUACAGUAUAGUAGUGGCGAUGGUGUCGUUGGUGACCUUUUCCACCAUGGUGAGUUCGAUGACGUCUAUGAUGGGCACAUGGUAUGCCGAGAAGGAAGAAGAGAGAAAACAGUUCAAUGCGCUCCAGCGGUACCUCAAGCACUACACAAUCUCUCCUGGACUUAGCCAAAGGAUCACGCAUUUUCUGCAACACGCUGCAAGCCAAAGAAAGGCGACGGUGUCAGAUCUGCACGUGCCCUUGCUAGAGCUUCUGUCCAAGCCCUUGCGGGGAGAGUUGCAGCUGGAGAAGUUCUGCCAGAGUAUGAAAGAGAAUGCCUUUCUUUAUGCGCUGCUUCAUUGUGACAAUGUGACGGUGUUGGACGUGAUGCGUAGUUUGGCCACCAAUGCCAUCUCAACGCUCAUCUUGGGUGGCAAGGACGUGGUUUUCAGAUUUGCCAUGGAAGCGACAGCCAGUUAUCUACCAGUGGAAGGUUCUUUCAGCUAUUGGCAAGAGAAUAAGCCGGAGGUGAAAAAAUGUGAGGGAUGGGCAGCAGAGAUGUGCUUAUGGACAGAGUGGUUCUACGUGGGCGAUCUAGUCGCUGACACAGUCUCGAGUGCCUUCGUCCUGGAUGUGGAAGCCUUUUGCGACAGAAUCGCUGGCAGCCGGGUGACGCAAAAAUUGGCGGUGGCAUAUGCCAAUGAAUAUGUUCAGGCCCUGCAUACGGAGGAUUGUUGGACGGACUUGUGGUCUAUGGACAAGCUGCCUGAAGUGCAAGACCUCUUCCGUGGACGUGGUCAAGAGCCCCAACUGAUCUUCAACAGCUUCGCAAGAGCUGGAACACCAGGAGUGUCUGGAAGCGGUCGUUUUGGGCGGGGAGGAAGUGGCGUGCUCGGACGAGGUGGUCGUUUGUCAACCUUUACUCGGGGCGUUGUCCCAUUGGCGGACUAGAUUUUGUGCCAGUUGUGGCCACCAAGUGAGCUGACCAAAAACGCAAAAUCCCAAGUUUUUAUUGAGAUUGUGCUCGCCACAUCAAACAGGCGACUGCCUUAUUUGGGUGCGGCAUACCUUUUGACAUGUUGGUUUGUCGGUGGGAAGGUGGCGAUCCAGGUGCCAC